AUCAAGCUUGCCUUAGAGGAGUGGAGGCAUUGGCUGGAGGGGGCAGCCCAUCCAUUCACCGUACUGACCGACCAUAAAAACCUCCAAUACCUUCGUGAGGCUAAACGUCUAAAUCCCCGCCAGGCACGAUGGGCAUUAUUCUUUACCAGGUUCAAUUUUACCAUUACUUAUCGCCCUGGUCCCAGAAACGUCAAGGCAGACGCCUUGUCACGUAUUCAGUCACGUAGAAGGCCCAGAAGAACCGGAAAGUAUCAUCCCACCAAAGAUGAUUGUCAGUCCCAUUGAAUGGAAUUCCCCUUCAGUGGCCUCCAACACAGCUCCCAACAAUCCGCCGGGCUGUCCUCCAGGAUGCCAGUACGUACCACGGACACAACGCACCCCAAUGAUUCACUCUGCUCACUCCUCCCGAGGCACUGGCCAUCCAGGGGCCAACAACACCCCCUCGCUGCUACGAGAUCGUUUCUGGUGGCCCAAUAUGGCAAGGGACGUGAGAAGGUUCGUGCAAGGAUGUCCAGACUGUGCCAUGUCCAAAAGCCCGCGCCAUUUACCAUCUGGCAAACUCCUUCCUCUGCCAGUGCCAAAUCGCCCCUGGUCACACCUAGGAGUAGACUUUGUCACUGACCUGCCCCCCUCUGAAGGUAACACAUGCAUCCUGGUGAUUGUUGACCGUUUUUCAAAAUCAUGUCGCCUUCUGCCCCUCAGAGGUCUCCCCACUGCACUGGAAACUGCUGAGCUUCUGUUCAAUCAAGUCUUCCGAUAUUAUGGAAUUCCUGAAGACAUCGUCUCCGACCGGGGACCUCAGUUUCUCCAAAGUAUGGAAUGCCUUCCAACUCUUAGGUGUGACUGGGACAUCAGACUGCGCCUGCCCUGUAAAAAGCUCAGUCCCAGAUUUGUUGGCCCUUUCACCAUCCUGGAACAAGUAAACUCGGUCACUUACAAACUCCAACUCCCCUCACCGUACAUAAUUCAUCCCACAUUCCACGUAUCACUGCUGAAACCUCACCAUGAACCUGUCUCUCUCCCCACAGAGCCUGGACAGACGGAGGAACCCCCUCUUCCCUUGAUCCUGGAUGAAGGAUCAGUCUACAAGGUGAAGGAAAUUCUGCAAUCCCGGCGCCGUUACAUUUUGCAGCUGACUUAA